AUGGAGACCCCAAGCCAGCCAUGGGUCCUGUAUGUGGACGGCUCCUCGACCUCGGGGGGAAGCGGGGCCUGUCUUGUCCUUACAAGCCCAGACGGGGUGGUGGCAGAGCAGGCCCUGCGCCUUGAGUUCCCGGCUUCAAACAAUAAGGCGGAGUAUGAGGCGCUCAUUGCCGGGCUCAAGCUAGCAAAGGAGCUGAAAGCGGAGGACCUGAAGGUUUUCAGUGACUCCCAACUGGUCGUGAGCCAGGUCUUGGGAGAUUUUGAAGCGAAGGAAUCAUCAAUGCAGAAAUAUCUUCAGAAGGCGCGGAAGCUCAUAUCCGCCCUAGGCUCCUUCAACAUUCAACACAUUCCCAGAGCGGAGAACCUCAGGGCUGACCAAUUGUCAAAGCUGGCAACUUCCUGCAUAAGUGAGCUCCCCAAGGCAACGGUGCUUGAAUAUCUCUGA